AUGGCUGCUGCUGACCCCAUCCUGCCCCCUGAGGAGGUGGCUUUGCUGGAGCUGGGGAAGGUGGCCCUGGCUGCCCCGCUGGACAAGGUACCACCAGCCCCGGAUGAACACCCAGGGGACCCUGAUGCCACCCUGCCAUGGGACCGGUGCCAGCACAGUGCCCAGGGCCAGUCAGAGCCCACGGAGACGAAGAGGCGCUCAAGUCCUGAAGGGGGCCAUGAAGAUCUGGAGGAGGCUGCUCUCACCUACCCCCCAGCUGAGGCCAAAGACGAGGAAGCCCCCGGGCUGCCCGUGAUGGCGGCCCACGUCUUUGUGCCCAUCGACCCACAGUGCAUUGAGCGGACACCCGGCAAGCAGAAGCAGCAACCCGCCCCAUGGCCCCGGGAGGAGGGCGGCAAGGGGGACUAUGUCCCCCACAGCGACAGACCCGACAGCCUCCGCCAGAAGCAGGUCUUCCUUCCCAUCGGCCCCUCGCACUACAGGGACCCACUGGGCUUUGAGGGGCGAGUGGCCAAGCCACCGACCGAGGGGCCACAGUGCCCAUGUGCCAGGGACUGCAGCACCGGCAACCUCAAGGCCGUGGCCUCGGUGGUGGGGGCCCUGCUCCUCUGCCCCUGCCUCGUCUACGGGGCCUAUGUCUUCCUGCCUUUUGACGCCCCGCUGCUGCCCACCGUCAGCACCCGCCUGGUCUACACGCUCCGCUGUGCCGCCUUUGCCACAUUCCCCAUCAUUCUGGGGAUGAUCGUCAGCGGCAUCUCCCGCCUCUGCUCCUCUGCACUGGAGCCCUUUGGGGAGCUGCAGCGGGAGGUGGAGAUCCACCGCACCUACGUCUCCCAGUCAGUCCAUCUCUUCAUCCUCUACUUCUUCAACAUGGCUGUGCUGGCCACCUACCUCCCACAGGAGGCCCUCAAGCUCAUCCCCCUGCUCACAGGGCUUUUUGCCAUCUCCCGGUUGAUUUACUGGCUGUCGUACGCCAUCGGGCGCUCCUUCCGUGCCUUUGGCUUCAGCAUGACCUUCCUGCCCCUCCUGGCCAUGCUACUCUGGAACCUUUACAGCAUGUUCAUCCUGGAGCCUGAAAACCUCCUUGCUGUGGCAGCGCCACAGCCUGAGGACCGCUCCAAGGAUAGUGGAGCCAAACUCCGGUACUGGGGGUGAGAGAGACUCUGGGAAGAUGGGGUGCCUGGACCCUGCGGUGCAGGGGGGUUGAGCCCUCCUCACUGCCCUGCCUUGUGAGCCCUGAAGGUGGCGGGGUGUAGGCAGAUCUGGCUGGGCCCCUGCUCCCUGCCCAGACCCAGCAAGGUUUUGCUGGGCACCCGGGGCUGAUAGAGCAAAGCCGUAAAACCCUCUGUACUGGGAGUUUCCUGCAGGAGGGUGAACAGGGCCUGGAGCAAGACCCAGUGAGCCCUGUUCCGUGAGGAUGGGUUGGGGUGGGAUUUACCUAACCUCCUGCUGGAACUGGCUUUGCCUAAUAAAGC